AGAGUAGUGGACGUGAUGGCGCAAGUAAGCGAAGCAACAACGCCAGUGAAGACCAACAACAAUGCAAUUGCAAUAAAAACAAAUCAGAAGCGAGGAAAAAAAAAUGUGGCACAAACUAACUUAACUAGAGAAAUUAUAUGUUUGAUGUGAAGAAGAAGAAGAGGAGCGCUAGAAAAACAGCGGCUGAGUGUUAAUGUGCACGAUUGUGGAGAAAAAGUAAACGAAGUACUUGAGAGUAUGAAUACUAAAGUACUAGUUGAAGUUAUUUUUGAUAGUUAAAGUGAUUUUGAGAAAGAAGUGAUUACCAUAUUUUGUGGAUAAGUGAAAUCUAGACGCAAGUGAUGAGGCAGAAGUGUUUGUUAUUGUAAUUUUACAUGGAUUUGAAUUUGUAGUAAUGUGUAACUGUUUUAUGAGAAUUACUGAUAUCGUACUGUUAUAUACUCAUCAGUUCUUGCGAAAAAUGUGCUGAGACCCAACAAAAAUAUAUAAGUAAAUAAAAAAGAGCGAUAGAGCGCGUCUAACUUUGAGUGUUAAUUAAAGCUGUGAACUCCUUGUAGCCAGCAACGUGCAACUUUUGACACUUGAUGUCAGCUAUGAAGCGAACGGACCGUGUAAACGAAAAAAAAGUAAUUAAAGCAAAUGAAAAGCAUAACGAAAAAAGCCCAGAAGACAUAGUGAGCUGAUCUUAUGUGACAUACAUACAUUUGAAUAAUGACAUAUGAUAUACAUAUAUAUGACUAAACCAUAUAAAGUUUGAGUAAAUAACAACAAAAAGUGUGCAUAAAAACAAAUACAACCAAAUAAAAUUGAAGAAAAUUGAAGACAAGUCGAUAAGAGCUGCAAACGUAACAAGCACAAGUUCAAGUUUCCCUGCUUAGUAACCAUAUACGCAGGCAAGACAUAUAAAUUAUAUACCCGGACAGCGAAGAACAGGUGUAAAAGUCGAAAGCUGCGCUCGAAAGUGUGCAAACACGAAGAAGAAGCGCAAUGCUAAAGCGGAAGGGAAGUAAAUCAACAACUGUUGUGCUGUAGUUCCGAAAUUGUUUUUGUUGUGUUGAUCUCUUUCCCUCGUUUUUGCGCUAAGUAAAAAAAAUACACUUGGCACACCGACCGAACACUUGCCAAGGUGGACGGACAGAUAAGCAGACGCGCCGAGAAAAGGUGCGCAACCCUCAUCAAGUGUGUGCUCAUAUGUUCAUAUUUUGCAAAUACAUACAUAUAUUAUACAUACAAAUGUAUGUGUGGUUGUAUGUGUAGAAAAGGGUAUGCUAUUUGCAGCUAACAAGUGUGUGUAUCAAUAAAAAUAUAUAUCGAAAGCAAAAACAAAUAUGCUGCAUUGAAAAUAUAUAUACAAUAAAUAUUUGAUAUACUUAUGUGAGUGCCUGCAUACAACAACAAUAAAACUAAUCACUGCCAGCGUGCAUUCAGGCGUGUAAACGCGGCCUAAGCAUUGCAUAUGCCAACUUUUACCACAAAUUACUUGGCAAAAGUAUUGCAAUCUAAUAAAUAGUACUCAAAAAUGUCCACUACGCCAACAAAAAUAACUUAAAUAAUAAUUUAUAAUUUUAACCAAAAACAAAAAAUCAUAUUUUCCACAAAUAUCACCGCCAAAAGUUAUAAACAUGGAUACGGUUGCUAUUAAAACCGCACCACCGCAUGCGCCGCUAGCUGCCACACAACAACAAAAUGCCAUUCAACAGCAGCAGCAAACGUUGCCCGCCAAAGCGCCCAAAAAUAAUGCUGAUUUCUAUACGAAAACCAGUGUUGGCGCAUUUUUUCAAACCUGCAAGGUCUUAUGGCACUUGGACGCCUUUCGUCGUUCCUUUCGCACCCUCAAUCAUCACAUUUGUUGCGGUCAAGAUUGUAUAUUCUGUGCACUGAAGGAACUUUUCCAACAACUGCAGACCAGCUCCGAACCGGCUCUAUGUCCGGAGCCUUUGCGUCGUGCCUUGGCUAGUGGUCCGCUAGCAGGUCGUCGCUUUCCGCUCGGUUGCCUUGGCGAUGCGGCCGAGUGCUUUGAAUUGCUGUUGCAUCGUGUGCAUUCGCACAUUUCGCCGGAUGAUGGCGACUCUUGCGAUUCGCAGGCGUGUGUGGCACAUCGUCGCUUCGCGAUGCGCGUCAUCGAACAGAGCGUGUGCAAGUGUGGCGCCAAUUCGGAGCAAUUGCCAUUCACACAGAUGGUACACUAUGUCUCGGCAUCAGCGUUGACCUCACAAAAUAGCUUGGCAGUGCAAAAUCACCAGCAACUCACAUUUGGUCAGCUGCUGCGCGCCGCCGGUAAUAUGGGUGACAUCAGAGAUUGUCCGAAUGCUUGUGGCGCUAAGAUCGGCAUCUGUCGUGCGUUGCUCAAUCGACCGGAUGUCGUUUCGAUUGGCAUCGUGUGGGACUCGGAACGUCCUGCCGCCGAUCAAGUACAUGCUGUACUCAAGGCCAUCGGCACCAGUUUACGUCUGUCGGACGUCUUCCAUCAAGUCGCCGAACAUCGUUGGGCACAAAACGUGCAACAUGAGUUGGUCGGCAUUGUCUCGUAUUACGGUAAACACUAUACAACCUUCUUCUUCCACACCAAACUCAAGGUUUGGGUGUACUUCGAUGAUGCAAAUGUCAAGGAGGUCGGUCCCAACUGGGAAGGCGUCGUCGACAAAUGCAGUCGCGGUCGCUAUCAACCGCUGUUGCUGCUCUACGCUGUGCCACAGCCACCUUCGGGCGGCACACAAUUCGCGCCGGAGACCACACAAUCCACGCUUGUACGUCGCGCCAUAACGCCGAGCCCCAUCACGCCGGAUAAACCGAACCUGGGCAAUACACGUCGUGCCAUCACACCAACACCAUUACGCUCGCCCAACGACUAUCAGAAUUUGAGUGUUAUACAAAAGAACAUCUUUGCUGGUGCUGCUGUGGUUGCAACCAAGAACAACAACACAAAUACCGGCAACAACACCACCAAUGAUGAAACAGAUGCUUAUAUACGCCGCAAGACGGUGGAGCACGUGCUGAAUGCACAGCAAUAUCAGAAUUUGAGCGUUGUGCAGGAUAAGAUCUUCGCCAACAAUAACGGUAAUGUUACGAAUACCCAAACAGCCGAUGAGAAGGAUGGCGAUAUAUUGGCACACAAGAUCGGCAAAGUACUUAAUGCGCAGAUGGUGCGCAAAUAUCAUCUGCAGCUACAACGCAGUCAAAGCGCUGAGUCGGGACAUGUUAGCGGUGGCUCUUCGAAUGGCUCAUCACCGCCCAGUGAUGGUCUGACUAUGCCAGAUCAUUUGAAUCAACCGAGACGUCGCGAUUCGGGCAACUGGUCGGGUGACCGCAAUAGCGCAAGCUCUGCCUCAUCCACCACGCUAGAUAAUCCCUAUCUCUAUAUGGUGGGCAAACGUAAUCCACCCGCAGUGCCACAAAGUCCGACACGCAAUGGUUUACCAUACGAUCCCGGUUAUGAUUCGUUUUCGUUGAGCUCAACUGAUUCGUAUCCACCGAAACAUCAUUUGAAUCCACAACUGGCGAAGAUACCCGAAGCUGCCGCUUCAACUAUACUCUCGGGUGAUUGCGAAAAGCUGUGUCACGAGGCCGAUCAGCUAUUGGAGAAAUCGCGUCUCGUCGAGGAGUCACACGAUUUGGAGACCGCAUUGGUACUCUGUAAUGCCGCUGCCGGACGUGCACGCGCCGCCAUGGAUGCGCCCUACAGCAAUCCACACACCAUGACAUUCGCACGCAUGAAACACAACACAUGCGUAAUGCGUGCACGCAGCUUACAUCGUCGCAUAUUGGUAGAGAAGGGCGCCGAUAUGGAUGCCAUGCCAGAGAUGAAGCAUAUGCGUGAGGGCAGCAACAGCAGCGUGAAACAUGUGCGUCAAAAUAGCAAGGAUAAGACUUUGGAUAAGCUGCCGACCCCGGCAAAUGCAAAUGCCGCCAAUGCGGCAACCGCUGCAGCCAACAAAAGCAUCGAGAUCUAUGCAACGCUGCCGAAAAAGAAGAGUCCACUGAAGGCACUAGCAGCCGCUGUGGGCAACGAUGACAAUGCCAUCGAGUACGAGCCAGCCGCACCUGUUGUUGCGAAGCCGGAGCGUGAGAGUCGCUCAAUCUUCGGCCGUAGUAGCAGUAAAUCGGAGAAGGAGAAGCGCAGUCGCAGUGAAGAUCGCAAUAAGCUGACGCGUGAGUUCUCAUUGACGGAAACUUUGUUGGUAAACGCCAAGGAUACGCUGAAGAAGCACAAAGAGGACAAGGAUGAGAAGAAGGAGAAAGAUAAAAAUGGCAAAAAGCAGCAUAAGAUACGACGCAAACUCUUAAUGGGUGGACUCAUAAGACGAAAAAACCGCUCUAUGCCUGAUUUGACCGAAGCUGGCGAUGAUGCCGCCAAUCAGAAGGAGGCGCCCGCACCGCUCGCCACUUCAGUGGACGACAGCUCAGUCGGUUUGAAUGGCAAGAAUGGCAUGAGCGGCUAUAUUUCCGAGGGUCACUUCGACUAUCGUGACUCGAAUAAUGCAAAUCCGAAUUUAGAGCGCAGCAAAUUGAUGCGUAAGAGCUUCCACGGUAGCGGACGUCAAUUGACUGUGGUCGCUAAGGUAGCGCCACCACCGCCCAUGCGCACAAGCUCAGCGCUAACACCACAGCAAUUGCAGCAACAGCUGGCACUACAACAACAGCAAGACGCUGCGGUGUUGCAACAUUUCCAUCACGAAGCGAAUCUCUCCAAUGUUUCGGUUAUGAGCUCCAACACGUCCAUCAGCGAAGACUCAUGCCAGACCAUUAUCACAACGUGCGCGCAGGUGCACAACGAACAGAGUCCGCUGAAGGACAGCUUGUAUCAGACAACAAAUGGUGUGCCACAAUAUCAACACUAUAACGGUUAUAGCGCCACACCAGUCGAUUUGGGUCGAGAUGAAGUCGAUGUACCAACAGGCAACGCCAACGGUACUGCUAACGGCAACGUUAACACCAACGCUGGCAGUAAUACAGCCGAUGCACCACUCGAACUACCGCCAUACCCGAGCCCCCCGCAAUCGGUCUGCCAUUCGCGUCAAGCCAGCGAGGAUUUCCCACCACCACCGCCGGAGAUCGAUCUUGAGCCGCUGAACCACCAGAUCAGCCAACUGCAAGUACUCGAAGCAAAUAAACAGCAGCGCAGCAUGGAGACGCUUGAGGGCACCACCAGCAUUUUGGCACAAUUGCAGCAGCGUCACCAGCUCAUGAAGUUGCGCAAAGAGCAGGCAACACCCACUUGUGAACCCACAAAUUGGCUGAAAGAGUUACAGGCCAAGCAAACCGAUCUCAGAAAUGCCCAACAGCGUGCUACCACAGACUCGCCAAUCGUACAGCUGACGCAGCAGUCGUCCAAUGGCGUACGAGAAUUGGCGAACCGUUUCGAACAAACGAAAGCAACCAGUGCAGGUGAACAACCACCGCUACGUUCAUACUCGUCACAAGAGUUGCUUAACCCUGGCAGCAAGCCCACGAUACGUACACAAAUGAAUGGGCUACCGCCAGCGCCGCUCGCGCACAAGAGCGAAUCGGAUGAAGUGGAUUGCGCGCCGCAGCGCUUGCAACGUCUGCCUCCACACCAGGUGCUGCCAAAGCCCAAAUACGAAGUGCCACAAUCGCAAAUCGCCGAAGAACUGCGCGAAGUUGAGAUGCUCAACACAAUGGUGCAGCAAACGCUGAGCAAUGCGCAGGUGGCGCAACAGCAACAACAACAGCUGCAACAACCACAGCAAGGCGCGCAACAGAGCAGCGCGGCCGCAGCCACCGCGUUGCCGAAGCGCGUCAAGAAGAAGAGCGUUUCAUUCUGCGAUCAAGUCAUACUUGUGGCGACGGCAGACAAUGAGGAGGACGACGACUUCAUACCGAAUCCGAUUUUGGAGCGUGUUUUGCGCACGGCGCAAAAUCCCAACGAGAAGGUAACCGCGCACCUCAUACAACAACAACAGCAAAAUAUGAUACGCUUGCCGACGGAAGCGCCAUCGCGCAUUGUGCAACCACUGCCACCAGCGGUGCAACAACAACAGCAACAGCAUCAACCACAACAACAUCAUGCGCAACAACAACUGUCGGCGUCGCUACCAUUGGCGCAGCCGUCGCCAAUGUUGGGCAACGAUCGCCGCCCCUCGCCGCUGCAGGGUCAAGAUAUGCAACGCUACGUGCAAGUGCAACGCCCACAGCUCGAAGCGCUGCGCCAACAGCAGCAGCAAAUUCAACAACAGCAGCAGCAGGAGCAGCGCCAACAGCAACAAUCCGCUAUGCCAUAUAUGCCAGCGGGACAAGUGUACACGCCCAUGCAGGACAUCUAUCGCAUGCAGCACCAGCAACAACAACAACAGCAACAGCAGCCACAGCCACAGUAUGCAACGCAGUUGACGUCAGCGCAUCAGCAACACGCACUGUACGAAGAGCGCAUGCAUGCCAACAACAACAGCAGCAACAACAAUCACGCGUUGCUUGCCGCGCGCACGAGCAUGAGCGGCAUCGCUAAUGUUGCCACGCAGCAACAUAUGCAGAUGUUAGCAGCUCAACAACAGCAGCAGCAACAACAACAACAGCAACACUUGGAUGCACAAUCCAGUUACGUGAGCAUACCGCGCUCACACGCCAACCAUCAACAGCAAAGCUACUCCGUGCAACUACAGAAGCACCAGCAGCUCUUGCAACAACACCAACAGCAACAAUUGCCAACCAGCAACGGCUACUAUCCCGGCGUGCCAGGUUUGGACACCGUACCGCUACCAUCACCCUACCAGCGUGUACCCCUGCCACACGGCUAUGGCAGCGAACAAUUCCCACCGCCUUCCCUCAACAAUAUGCCGAAACCUCAGCAUCCCUACCCCUCACCCAACACAGCCACACACCUUACCAAUGGGACGCCCUCACCCUACUUCCCCGUGCCGCAAAAUGCCGCCGUCGCGCUAGCCAACGCACAGCCGCCGCACACGAAGGCAUCGCACCAGAAGAAGGUCAGUUUCGAGCCCGGCACGAAAGGCGAAACGGACUCGCUCUGCAACGGCAGCAACAAUCACAACAGCAACGCCAGUAAUAUGUCAGCAGCAUUACCACCAAAACCGUUGGGUCUCAGCGCCGCCACAGCCAAUAAUAGCUCCGCUGCCUCGCAACAGAACGGUCUGCCGCCGCCAGUGCUGUUGGACAGCAGCGUCAAUGUGACGGCCAUACCGACACGCGUUUACAACAACGCCAUUGUCAAGGCAUCCGCCAAAGCGGUGGAGUGCAAUCUGUGUCGAAAGCGUCACAUCAUCGCGCCCGCCGUCUACUGCACCAACUGCGAAUACUACCUGCAGAUGUUGAACAGUCGGCGAUGAAACGCGCGCGCCAUGAAGUAACGCGUUGGCCAGCGCGCGCUCAGCGCCAUGCGUUUUGAGCGCGGCGCUGUUAAUAAGCAAUUAUCGCUGUGCGAAUUUAGUUUUGCAUUUCACUAGCGUUAAGCAUUCACAUUGCUCAUUAAUCAUAAUCAUAGAACUUAGUGCUAAAAUAAUUCGUAAAAUAGUUGUAAAAUUAGACUUUAAAUGAAAAUAUGGAAUCUCAAGCAAAGCUGCCUUACAUUGCAGUUCAAGUGCAAUUUGUUAGGAAAUAAAUGAAGAAGCUUGUUGCAGACAUUAAUGCAGGUAA